AUAGAAGAAGACAGAUUGUGACGUCAUCGCGUUUGAGCAUGCCUACUACGCUCGAACAUAAACAAAGGCAGGACGCUUCGCUGCAAUAAACUCUCCUCUUCUGCUCUUUUAAACGCUAACAGAGCCGACAGAUUGGCGAGCGACUUAUCCCUGCAGCCAUGGAUAACGCGUUACUGAUGCGAGUGAGUGUGUUCACCGACCAAGGAGGCAGGAAAUACAUGGAGGACGUGACCGAAGUCAUAGUGGAGCCCGAGCCGGGAGACGACGAGCCGAUGUCGGGUGAGCCAGAGGAGAGCAGCGACACGGUGGUUCCUCUGGCUGCGGUCACACAUCAUCCACACCGGAACCGUGGACCCGGUGUGUCCCCGCAGGUUGCACCGUGUGAACCUCUACGAGAGCAAAGUAUAUUAGUGGAGACGUCUUUACCGGGAGGUCCGAGCCUCCCGCCGCUGCUAGCCGAGCCGAGCACCGGGAGUCCUUCCCGCCGCUCCGUCGCGUUCUUCGCGGUGUUCGACGGGCACGGAGGUCGGGAGGCUGCGCAGUUUGCCCGGGAGUACCUGUGGGAGCUGAUGAAGAAGCAGCGGGGCUUCUGGUCCGACUGCGACCGGGAGGUCUGCGCGGCUAUACGCAAAGGAUUCAUAGCCUGCCACCACGCCAUGUGGAAGAAGCUACCUGAAUGGCCAAAGACACUCACUGGCCUUCCCAGCACAUCGGGCACCACAGCUAGCGUAGUGGUCAUCCGAGGAAACCGCAUGUAUGUGGCCCACGUUGGGGACUCGGCAGUGGUUCUAGGGGUCCAGGAUGACCCCACAGACCCAUUCAUCAGAGCUGUGGAAGUCACACAAGACCACAAACCAGAACUACCCAGAGAGAGGGAGCGUAUUGAAGGUCUGGGAGGGAGUGUUAUCAAGAAAUCUGGAGUGAACCGGGUCGUCUGGAAGAGGCCGAGGCUGAGUCACAACGGCCCAGUCCGUCGGAGCACCAUCAUUGACCAGAUACCAUUCUUGGCAGUAGCCCGAGCUCUAGGUGAUCUGUGGAGCUAUGACUUCUACAGCGGGGAGUUUGUGGUUUCUCCAGAGCCAGACACUAGUGUGGUGACCCUUGACCCCAGAAAACACCGCUACAUCAUCCUGGGCAGCGAUGGUCUGUGGAACAUGGUGCCACCUCAAGAGGCUAUCUCCAUGUGUCAAAACAACGACGAGGCAAUGGCACCAUGCGGGGUAUCGAGUGCACGGCAGCUGGUCAGCCACGCUCUGCUGCGGUGGCGCCAGCGCAUGUUACGAGCUGACAACACCAGCGCCAUCGUUAUCGCCCUGCAGGAGCCUGGGUCCUCCCAGGACACGCUGCACCAUGAGGAGGUGCUGCUUGACCUGGCCAAGGUGUCCCAGUGUCCUCCCACCUCCAUAUCUCGCGCUGACACUCCUCUCCUUCAGCGGCCUCUAGAGGAAGACUCUCCCUCUGCUAUGUGUGAGCUCCUCCCUACCUUGGAGCGACGGGACGGACUAUCAGGAAGCAACAGCCUGUACCACCUGUAUCUGUCUGACCCGUUCAGUCUGACUCCACUGUUUCCAAACAGUAGUGCUGAGUUGCCCAGUCAGUCCAGUCCCACUGACAGGACAGUUGGCAGCAGGACACCCAACAGCAAAAGAACUAUUGACGGAUCACCAUCACCAUCACCAUCACCAUCACCAUCACCAUCACCAUCACCAUCACCAUCACCAUCACCAUCAUCAGGCCGGUCGGCUAAGAAGGCCCGACGCAGGACAGCUCACAGGCCGCCUCUGGUCCAACACAACGCAGAUAAAAAACAGAAGGAGUCCAAUAACGUCUCCCCAAUUCUCCAACAGCAUAACAAGACCACAGUGUGUGUGUGCUGAAACACACACAGAGACACAUCAACCUGCUGCCUUGUACUGUCAACCUUGUCUCCAGUGGCGUUUUCUCUUCCUCAUGUUGUCCUGCACAUUGUCACAGUGCAAACCAGCCUUUGCUGUAGAGGUUGACAUGUCUUCUUGUUCAGCACACAUUUGAAAAUUGAAGGAGUGCUCAUUUCCACAAGACAAUUUGUGUCUUUGUUUCAAAAUUCCUUCCUGAAAUGCUGAUUAUAUGUGUCUUAAUGAGUCUUCUUUCUGGUGACACGUAUAUGAAAUACGUAUGACUAAUGAUGCUGGUGUAAAUAUUAUGCAUUUUAUAGCUGAGUAUUGAGUAACUGUUCAUUUAAAACAAAAUUAUAUUUUUUAUACAUUCUUGUAUUGUAUGAUGAUAAAACAUGAACAUUUAGAUGAGCUCCAACACAGCUUUUCAUCUCCUUUACACUCUCUCCAUAUACCAUUGUGUGUACUCCUGUGUUUAAACAUAUUUAUGUAUUUUUAUUCUCAGCAUUUUAUUCUUAUCACUGGAGAUUUGUCUUGAAUAUAAACUGAAGGUGCUGCUACAGUCACAGACCAGUAAGCUACUACAUUGUGUAUAUUGAUAUAUAAAUAUAUGUAAUAAGUGUUGGUAGCAUUUUUCUUCUUUGAGAGUUUGCAUUUAACACAACACAUCUACCCCUGUGAGGUUUCAAAUAAUGGAAGGUGUUUUUAAGUUUUAAUUUACACAAUGCAUCUCUCUUAAUCAUAUUACAAUGUUGUAAUUUGUAAUGAAGCAUUAGAGUGGUAAUGUUGUCUAGAAGGGAUCCCGUGAGAUGGUUAUGGUUAGGCAUUGAGCUUGAAUAGUGAAGGUAAGGAUAGGUCAUCGGGCAGCGAGUCUCACAAAAGUUUUUGCAGAUCUCAGAUUAGAUUUUGCAAUUUGCGGGUUACCUUCUAGACACGACCCUUUACGGUUGCGUUUUUUGGUGUCUUCACUUCCCCUGAGCCAGCUUUGCCCAUUCAUACAUCAAGUAGUGAUUUUCUAUGUUUCCUAGAAUGCCUUUCAGCAGCUCUCUGCUGUGCUGAAGCUUUUGCAGAAGUUGAUAUGUCUGUCUCUACAAUGAUGGAUUUCUCCCUCUGCGUUUGCUUUGCCCAGGUGACUUCCUUUGGUUCUGAGGGACCGACACAAAAACCUGAUGUUUACAAUCAAUGUCAAUGAUUAUUUUGUUCUGCCAGACGUCCAUUGUGGCUGCACUGGAUGUAUCAGUGAUGUCACGUUGUUUGACCAUCUGUGAGAACAAGAAAAAUGCUCCAUCUCAAGCAUGUUGGUACCUACAGACGGGGUUACCUCGCAUCACCAGGCCAUCCUGCUCCCUUGUUAUAUCUUAUUUACAACAAGGCAAUAGCUGUUAUUUCUGUUUUGUUUAGGCUGACUGAGGUUUCUUUAGCAUUCUGCUUACACAAGCCAAUGUCCCUCCAUGCUGCAGCUUCAGUUGUAUAGUUACUGAUGUAUGCACAAGGCUCAUUUGUGAGUAAAUACACAAUGCAUGGACUUUCUAAAAGAAUAUUUUUGCACUAUUAUGGUGACCUUUGAGAAUGAUGCAGCUGGGAAUGGAUGACAUGAUUGGAGUCUAAAAUGAAAACACAGAAAAUGUAGGAUAUUUAAACUUUAAUAAGUAGAAGGGAAUCCUCAUUAAUCUGAGUAGAGUUUGCAGAGCGUGGCUGUGCCCCCUUUUCACAGAUUUAGAUGAGAACUAUUCAAUGAAAAAAUAAUAGACCAUUACACAAAUUAGAUGUCUAAAUCUUUGUAAAACGUGUUACAUGUUGAUGUAUUUUUACUGAACUAAGUGCAAUUUGUAACAGGAAUUUGUAGCAUUAUGAAUUGGUUCAAAAAUAUUGUACAAGGAGUGAUAAUGUUACUGUUAUUUUGCUCUGGAUCCCUGUGUGACUUCUAUUUAUGUAGUUUUUGUUUUUUCAUAAAUCUUAGUAUACUCAUUUACUCUGUUUAAUAAUGACAUUCCUGAUUCAGAUGGCCGUGCUAACAGCCUAAUGUGCAUGUGUACAGUGUAAAUGUAAAAAAACACUUCUCCGGAAAUGAACCUAUUUAAAUAAAAAGCUCUCUGAAGUAAAGCGAUUACUAUUCUUUGCAAGUUGA